ACUAUGUGUCGAGCGGUUUUGGCGCGAAUGCAUCUCAGCUGAUGUAUAACAUUUUAGAUUCUUACGAAGCAACUAGUUUUGUUUGUGGCUUUAAUUAUCUGUGAUUUUAAUAAUCAUUAUUUUAGUUUAUUAAUUUUAAAUAGUGCCCCAAAUAUUUUAAAUAAAUUACUAGUGCUAUAUUUCAUGUUUUAGUUGUACUAUUUUAAUAAAGUGUCUUUUAAAAAGUGACAUAUAUUGUUGUGAUUGUUAUAAUUAAAAUGAAUACCGUACAAACAAAAAUACCAUUUAGCGAACGUAAGAAGUCCUCUACGUUAAAGUUUUAUUCUCAAAACAAAAUUGAUGAAGAUUUAGAUAACAAAUCUACAUCGAAAACAAAUAUAAAAAAAUCCUCUAGGAGGUCUACCAGAGUUAGGAAAAUUGCUUAUUUGGACAGCGAUGAAGAAAAUAUAGUUUGCAAUAAUCAAGAUAACUUAAGAACAUCAGAUGAUGAUAAUGCAAGAAGUUUUGAUGAAGCAUGUUCUCCACCAAAAAUACGCCGAACUGGUCAACGUGUUAAUAGUGCUUUAUCCCUAUCGCCCACCAAUAAGCUACUUCAAAAUUUAACUUUAGACAUACAGAAUGGAAAUGAGAAAAAUGAACUUGAUGGAAGAUUACAAAUAGCUAGGCAAGCAUUACAUAGUACAGCUCCUAUUAACCUACCUGGCCGUGAAAAGGAGUUACAGGAGUUAGAGAAUAUAAUAAACACAAGUUUGAAAAAAGAGACUUCAACAUCCUUGUAUGUUAGUGGCCCCCCAGGAACAGGAAAAACAGCUUGUUUAACAAAUAUUAUACAGAAAUAUAAAAACAAAUUGAGUAUAGUUUAUGCAAAUUGUACUGGGAUUAAAAAUUCUAAAACAAUUUUUGAACGUAUAGCCACUGAAUUAAAACUCAAGUGCAAAUCUACUGAAAAAGACUACAAGUGCGCUAUAGAGACUUACAUUCAAUCAAAACAUAAAAUGAUACUUCUGAUUUUGGAUGAGAUAGAUCAAUUGGACAGCCGUAAACAAAGCAUUUUAUAUACCAUUUUUGAAUGGCCAUCAUAUGCAGCAUCAAAGCUAAUACUCAUUGGUAUUGCUAAUGCUCUAGAUUUAACUGAUAGAAUAUUACCACGACUGCAAUCAAAAUGUGAAUUAAAACCUCAGCUUAUGCACUUUGCACCUUAUUCAAAAAAUCAAAUAAUGGAAAUAUAUAAACAGAGACUAGAAUCAAGUGGAGUCACUGAUGUAUUCAGUCCUAUGGCUGUGCAAUUGUUGGCAGGAAAAGUAGCUGCUGUGUCAGGAGAUGCAAGACGUGCAUUAGAUAUUGGAAGACGUGUAAUUGAGUUGACAGAGCAACAGACAUGUGUUGAAAAAAAUAAUUUACAUAAACAACCUGCAGUUGGUGUUGAAUUAGGUCAAGUAGUAUCAGUGUUGAAGAAUGUCUAUUCCACCCCGCAGAGUCUCAAUGACAAAACAGAAGAAAACGAACAAACUGAAUUGCCAAUUCAACAAUGUAUAUUAAUUUGCUCUUUAUUAUUAAUACUUAAAAAAUCUUCAAACCGUGAUGUUACUAUUGGAAGAUUACAUGACAUUUAUAAAAGAGUAUGUACUAAACAAAAUAUUAUGGCUGUAGACCAGACUGAAUUUGUGGGGCUGUGUUCUCUUGUGGAUUCUAGAGGCAUUAUCAGAAUAAGUGGUAAAAAGGAACCAAGAUUACAGAAGGUUACUCUCCAAUGGGACGAGGAAGAAAUUAGUUCAAUCUUCCAUGACAAGCAAUUAAUGGCAUCUAUAAUUGCAGAUAUUUCCUGUUUAAAAUAGUUUUGUUUGUCGUUUUAAUUAUUAGUUUACCUAAUUCUUAUUU